AUGGUAUAUGACCAAGAUGUUACCAUCUGCCAGCCACUGCACUAUGAGACUAUGAUGAACAGGAGAACUUGUGUUCAAAUGGGAGCUAGUGCCUGGAUCAGUGAUCUUCUAAAUUCUGCACUGAACAUUGGUUCUAUGUUUGUGGUAACCUUCUGUGGAGGCAACAUAGAGGAUCAGUUCUUCUGUGAAAUUCCUCAGCUCCUCAAGGUCACUUGCUCUGGCUCUGACUUGUAUCUCCGUGAAGUUGGUUUUCUUGUAUUUGGUGUGUGUUUAACCCUAGGUUGCUUUGUUUUUAGAAUGGAGUCAUAUGUUCAGAUCUUCAAAAUUGUGUUGAGAAUCCCCUCUGAGCAGGGCCAGCAUAAAGCCUUCUCCACCUGCCUCUCUCACCCCACUGUGGUCUCCUUGUUACUUUGCACAGCUAUCUUUGCCUACCUGAAGCCCACCUCCAGCUCAGCAUCAAGGCUGGAUCUCAUGGUGGCUGUUCUCUAUUCUGUGGUGCCUCCAAUGAUGAACCUGGUCAUCUACAGCAUGAGGAACAAGGAGAUCAAAGCUGCCCUGUUGGGAAAUGAUUGGAUCAAGACUAUUCAUCAAAAAUAA